AUGUUUCAGGGUAUAGUUGGGACACGAAGCGCGCGAGAGAUGAGCCGACUCCCAGGCCUCUUACGUAUCGCGUGCCUCCCGUCCCUAUACCCACCCCCUUGCCCUCCUCUUCUUCUUCUUCUUAUUCUUCUUCUUCUUCUUCUUCCUCCUUCUCGUUGUUCAUUGUCCUCCCUCCCCCCUCCCACUCGUCUCCCUUCUCAGGAGCCGCGCCUGAGGAACGCCUUCUCGCUGGACACCCUCGUCGCCCAGAGCACUCUCACGGCGACCGCCCGCGCCGCCCCGGCGGCGCCGCGCGGCGCCGCUGCGCGGCAGCUGCGCAGCGCCUCGACCGAGCCCGCUCUGCGGCGGGCGGACGCCGAG